AUGGGUGUGCAGAAGAAGACGCGCAAAUUCGCGACCGUCAAGCGAGUCAUCGGACAGCGCGAUGCUCGACUCAAGAAGAAUGUCCUCAAGAACGAGGCCGAAGACAACAAGGCCAAGAAGACCACCGAUGGCGAACUCAUAAGGGAAAUACCCCAAGUGCCUAGCAGCAUGUUCUUCCAGGCCAACACCGCCCUCCAAGCGCCCUACUCGGUCCUGGUCGAUACCAAUUUUCUCUCACACACCGUCCACCACAAACUACCUCUCCUACCCACUCUGAUGGAUACCCUGUACGCGACAUGCACACCCAUCAUCACGAGCUGUGUCAUGGCCGAACUUGAAAAGCUGGGACCAAAGUACCGCAUCGCUCUGCAAAUCGCGCGGGAUGAAAGAUGGGAAAGAUUGCCAUGCGAUCACAAAGGGACAUACGCAGAUGACUGCAUCGUCGAUCGCGUGAUGAAACAGAGGGUGUAUCUGGUUGCGACCAAUGACAGGGACCUGAAGAGACGGAUCAGAAAGAUUCCAGGUGUCCCGAUUAUCAGCGUCGCAAGAGGAAAGUACGUGAUCGAACGAUUGCCUGAUGCGCCGGAGAAAUGA